AUGACGCUGCCUUCCACCUUUCUUUCCGUCCACCGUUUGCUUCGCCGACCUCUUGGUGUUCUUUCCUCUCUUCCACUGUCCGAUUCGGAUACCACCGUGAAUAAAAAAGCCAUCGCCGAUCUUCAUCGCAUCUUCAACGUUCUUCGCCAAUCUCUAUUUCAAGCUUCUCUGCUGCGGAUUGAACUCUCGAUAUUUGUCCAUGAAUUCAAGCUUUAUGAUUCCGCACCCAUUCGCUGUUGUUGUCAGCUUCAAUUCGCUCUCCUUCGCGAUUUCCGUUUGAUUGUGACUCAUACUUCGUCUCAAUUCCAAUUCGAUUUUGACGCGACAAAGACAAUGAACCAAAAGAUGCUUGAUACCACUGCGAAUCGUUGCUUGAAGAUGCUUGAUAGGAAGAAGAUGAACACAGUUGAUGCGAUGAAGAUGAAGAGGAUGCAAUUGUUGUUGAUUGUUGCUAAAUUGAUACUUACGGAUCAAUCGUCAUUGCAGAUGUAG